CCCGCCAGCCACCCCGCCAGCCACCCCGCCAGCCACGCCCCCGCGGCACAGAAACACCUGCAUCAGCCAGCCAAGGCUGCCGUGCGUCCAUCCCCAGCGUGACGACAUUGCCUCCCUCGAUCGCAUCGCGAUAUCUUGCUUCUACUUCACGAUCCAAUCCGCAGUCCCUCGCGCGCGAGACGGGCUGUUAUCACCGAAAACACCACUGAGAGCGUGAUUGACGGCAUUUGACCUAGAAUACUUGUCCUAGUGACUCCAACAGAAGCAACGCGACGGGUUCGCCACUCAGCGCGCAGCUACCCGCGACAAGAACCACGCGCGAACACCAUCGAAACACGACCAGAAGCGUCUCCACGCCGUCAUCGACAUAAGCUGCGCAUCAACACCACACACACAUAUCCACACAAUGGCGCCCCUCCCCCUCCACCCCCGCGACGACUUCAAACCCAUCCCGACCACCUACUCUAGCCUCAACGGCCCGCCCCCUGGCCAAAUCGCCGGCAUAGUCCUCGGCUCCGUCUUCGGCUUCAUCCUCCUCGCCUAUCUAAUCUACAUGACCUGCAGCGGGUCCGCCAUCCUAAUCAGCGACGACGAGACGGUUUCCGAGGUCGAGGUGAGGCGGCGGAAGAGGCGCGGCGGCAGGAGUAGUAGGGGGACGCCGGUGGUGGAGCGGAUUGUGGUGCAGGAGCGGACGGAGAGGAGGACGGGGAGUAGGAUAAGUGGGAGGAGUAGGAGUUUGGGGAGUGUGGAGGAGGUGGUGGUUAUUGUGGAGGGGAGUCCCCCGCCGCCUAGGAGGAGUAGGAGUCAGAGGGGGGGGGGGGUUAGGGAGGUUGAUCCGAGGGAGUUUGGGGGUGGGCGGGUGCCGAUGAAGGAGGUGAAGAGGGGGUCGAGGAGAUGAGGAGGUGAUGAGGGGGUGUGAGGGGGUAGCGUGGGUUUGGGAAUAGAUUCAUGUGGUGACUUGGUGCGUUCUCGGGAUUAUUUUGGAGCUCAGGGGGGUGUGGUGCUUCGCAUAUACCAAAUACCCGCUGAUAUUUUUGCUAUUUAUUUUGGGUUGGGGGGUUCGAAAGGGGUCGGGGAGUAUGGGAGGGAUGUCACGCUUUAUGAGGGCGUUUUGGAGGAUGUGUAGGCUUUGUUUUCAAG